UCAACAAAAUUAGGGCGGCUAAUGAUCCGUCCUUUCAUCACAAAGUAGCUUUCCAGUAGGAGGCGUUAUCUUCAUUGAAAGGAGUGAGUGGGUGAGAAGAAGAUCAGAUUUAAGAAACAUGCCAACCUUAAAUUUGUUCACAAAUGUUCCAGUUGAUGCUGUCAUUGCUUCUGACAUUCUCAAAGACGCCACUAAAGCUGUUGCUAAGAUUAUUGGCAAACCUGAAUCUUAUGUGAUGAUUUUGAUAAAUGGUGGAGUUCCAAUUGCAUUUGCUGGGACUGAAGCGCCAGCAGCUUAUGGCGAAUUGAUAUCAAUUGGGGGCCUUGGCCCUACUGUUAAUGGAAAAUUGAGCUCAAUCAUUGCUGAGAUUCUUCAAACUAAGCUUUCAAUUGACGCCUCACGCUUUUAUAUCAAAUUUUAUGAUGCUCAGCGCCCAUUCUUUGGGUUUAAUGGUUCAACUUUCUAACCAUCUCGACAUUACACAUUUAUGUCAAAAGUGGCAUUAGAAAUGAUGCACUUUAACUGUAUGCGUUUUUUCAACAUUUAGAUGUAGUUUUUCUGAUGAAAGCAUGAAAUUUGUACAUUUGAUUGUGUCCUGAAAUUAUUAUCAUUUCAAUAUUAUACUUUUACAAAAUGGUGACUUGGGCACUUCUUCCUGUUAUUCAUUAGUCACGAGAUAUUCAACUUCUUUUUUCAUUAGUA